AUGGAUAAGGAUUAUUUCAUGAGAGACAAAGCUCCUGUAGAACCAGUUGCACAAGGGGAUGAUGACACCACCCUUGCUGAGCGCACUGCUGCUUAUGAGAAGGAAAAGGAGCGUUGGGAGCGCUCUGACAGAGUUGCUCUCAUGGUCAUGGGUUUGACCAUCAGUCCCACUAUCAAGGGAGCUCUUGAGAAGGAGCCUAAGAGUGCUAAGAGCUUCAUGACGAGCAUUGAGGAGUACUUCAAGGGAUCUACAAAGUUCAAUGCGAGUAACCUCCUAUCCCAGCUCAUGUCCGCUAAGUACAAUGGACAAGGUAAUGUCAGGGAGCACAUUAUGGGGAUGGUGGACAUCCGGGAUAAGCUUAAGGACCUGGAUUUCCCCCUUAAUGAUGCUACAUUGCUUCACCACGUCAUGAUCUCCCUCCCGCCAGUUUUUUAG